AUAGCCUUGCUUCAAAAAAAAAAAAAAAAAAAAAAAAAAAGGGGGAAAUUCAGAUUUAUUUAGUUUUCGCACUAAUUAAGCCAAAAACGAUUGAUUUUUCUCCGCGAUUAUUGUUAAUUCGAAAACACAACAACCUGCACUAGAUAUUUUCGAAUUUGAAAAUCCUGAUGGGUUCCCUUUCACUAUGAGCUCACUUUCUCACAAAAAAUGUUCAUCAAAGCUGCUAUCUUUACAUUUCAUAUGUCAUAAAACUCACCCAGUAAUCAAUGGGCGACGCCAAUUGAUAAACUUCUUUGAAUUUCUGCGUGCUCUGCUCGUUUUCUCAACUGGGUUUUCUCCAAUUUUUUAACUUUACGGGUGCCCACAUGGGAUUGGGACUCGACCGAACACAGAGCGGCGCAGGUUUUGUGGAAGUGAUUGGAGAACAGGGACGAUGGAAUCGGAGCUGGGUUUAAUUGAGCAGUCGUUCAUCAGCCGCUACUCGCUCUGGGUCCAGGAAGCUCUGGGGGAAUUGGCCGACAGCUUCACGAUCACUGACCCUUGGAUUUCCGGGCACCCAAUCGUGUUCGCGAGCAAAGAGUUCCUGAAAAUGUCGGGAUAUUCGAUGAACGAGGUGGUCGGGAGGAACGGCAGAGUGUUUCAGGGUCCGGGGACUUGCAGGCGGUCGGUCAUGGAGGUCCGGGAGGCCAUCAGGGAGGAGCGAGAUGUCCAGGUUAAUUUGCUGAAUUAUCGGAAAGACGGGACGCCGUUUUGGAUGCUGUUUCAUAUGUGUCCUGUUUUUGGGAGGGAGGACGGGAGGCUGAUUCAUUUCGUGGGAGUUCAGGUUCCGAUUUCGAGGAAGCCGAGGCGGUCUGGUGGGAGAAAUGGGGUUGGUUUGUGUGAGGAGGGGUCUAGGAUGAGUGAGAUUGUUUACGGAUCGUGUCGAAAAGAGGUGUGCUUUGAUUCUUUGGUUGAUUUGGGUCGUGUUUUGUCAUUGGAAUCUGCAUUGGAUGAUGCUGAUAGCAGAGGAUUCAACAUUGAAGAAUCGUGUGAGGCAAGUGAUGUAGAGAAGACGAGAGCUGCAACUGCGAUUAAUAACAUCUUGUCCGUGUUAACGCACUAUAGCGAGUUAACGGGCAGAUUAGUUUGUGGGAAGAGAUGCAGCUUAUCAGGGGUGGGACUUCUCAGUUCAGCCUUAAAUAUAUCUCUUGGUAGAAUCAAACAAAGCUUUGUAUUAACUGAUUCGCACUUACCGGAUAUGCCUAUAGUUUAUGCAAGUGAUGCCUUCUUCAAAUUGACAGGUUAUGCCAGACAUGAAGUCUUGGGGCGUAAUUGUAGAUUUUUGAGUGGGGCGGAUACAGAUCCCUCAAUGAUAUGUCGGAUAAAGGAAAGCAUUCAAAACGAAACAGCAUGCACAGUACGUAUCUUGAAUUACAGGAAGGAUAAAAGUUCAUUUUGGAAUCUCCUUCACAUAUCACCUAUUCGUAAUGCUUCUGGCAAGAUUGCAUACUUUGUCGGUGUUCAGACGGAAGAAGGGUGUAAGAACCAGGUCGAACAUGGGCUAAGCCCUGAGAUGAGGCAGCUUAGCGCUGUUGGUGCAGUCAGAAUUGCAGUGCGGAGCUUAACAAUGGGUGCCGGCCCUUCCAAGUCUUAAGAGAGUAACAACCUCUGCAUCUUGCUUGCUGCUAGUGCCGCCUUAUAUCUCACCAAUAUAUCCCACAGUCCCAUGCUAGAAAUUUAUUCCAUUGUAACACAUUAAUUUAUGUUCUUAUCUGGCAGUAGAUGGAAAUGCAGACAUCGGAAAAAAGUUUGGUUCGUUGCCACAUCCGAUCCUUGUUACACUUAAUUGUUCAUAUAUAAAAGGUCUGUCAGUGGAAAUUUAUCAAGUUUCAGCUCGAAACUCUCAGACUCACUCCAGCUUCAAGCUGCUCAUGAUGAUUGGCCUUCUUCUCCGCGGUCGUUUAUCUUUCUUCUGGUGUUUGUCCUCUUUCUGUGAUGUCUUCCUUGUUUCGUGUAUUGUACCUUUCUUUGCAAGAAAAGAAAUGUGCAGAAAGCAAUUUGGAGUUGCAAUCAUCUAUUAAAUUAAACACCAAAGUUUGUGUUC